AUUUCAUUGGAGGGAUCGCCAACUAAAACCCUAGUUUGGAGUUAUAUAAGGAGUACAGAGAAGAUAUCAAGAAUGGUUCAUCUUCCUAAUUAAUGGCGAGCCUGAUUUCAGAAUUUGGCUACUGGGUCACCUCCAUAGCCAUAAUAUCAUCAGUAUUUUGUGCUGGGGCAUGGGGACAGCCAUCGGAGAAGACCAGCGCCUUCUUCAUCUUCGGAGACUCGACUGUCGAUCCCGGCAACAACAAUUACAUCAACACCAUCCCUGAAAACAGAGCAGACUACAAGCCAUAUGGCCAGAAUGGCUUCUUCGAUCAGCCCACUGGCCGCUUCUGUGAAGGCCGAAUAAUCGUUGAUUUCAUAGCUGAGUAUGCUAAUCUGCCAUUGAUUCCUCCAUUUUUUCAACCAUCCGCUGAUUUCAUUAAUGGCGUCAACUUUGCCUCUGGUGGGGCUGGCAUUCUUUCUGAAACCAAUCAGGGCUUGGUGAUUGAUCUUCAAACACAGUUGAAGAACUUUGAGGAGGUGCAAAAAUCAUUAACAGAGAAGUUGGGAGAUGAGGAGGCUAAGGAACUGAUAUCAGAAGCUGUCUAUUUUAUUAGCAUUGGCAGCAAUGAUUAUAUGGGCGGCUAUCUGGGAAGUCCUAAAAUGCGAGAGUUAUACCAUCCCGAAGCUUAUGUUGGGAUGGUGAUCGGGAACUUGACUCGGGCAAUUCAGGUCUUAUAUGAAAAAGGAGGCAGGAAGUUUGGUUUCCUGAGCUUGUCUCCACUAGGUUGUUUACCUGCCCUGAGGGCUCUGAACCCCAAAGCCAGUGAAGGUGGCUGCUUGGAAGAGGCUUGUGCUCUUGCACUUGCACAUAAUAAUGCUUUGUCUGCUGUCCUCAGAAGCCUUGAACACACGAUGAAAGGGUUCAUGUACUCCAACUCCAACUUCUAUAAUUGGCUUAAUGACAGAAUAAACAAUCCCUCCAAGUAUGAUUUCAAGGAUGGGGUGAAUGCAUGCUGUGGAGCAGGGCCCUAUGGGGGCGUCUUCAGUUGUGGUGGAACAAAGAAGGUGACUGAGUACGAGUUAUGUGAGAACCCAGAUGAGUACAUAUGGUGGGAUUCUUUCCAUCCAACGGAGAGGAUCCAUGAGCAGUUUGCCAAGGGUCUCUGGGAUGGACCUCCUUUCUCUGUAGGGCCAUAUAAUCUACAAGAACUCUUCUGGAGCAAGGAGAAGAAGCGCAUGACCAUUGCUGACAUAGUGGAUGACCCGGAUAAUCCAAUCGCUGGAUGAGCUUGAUUUGACUCAUUCCACACUAAUAAGGGCAGGGCCGCAGGGAUAGAAUAACCAUAAACCUAUAAUGUUGGCACGGGAGUGGGAGGUAUAUGCUUUGGUUGUUGAGAAUCUUGAGAUACCAAAUCCAAUAUUCCCACCCCAUGUCAACUUGUACGCUUCAGCACAUCGUUGUUUUGUUGGGCACCACCUAUGUUAAUGUUACUGAUGCCAUGCCAUGUUUGGUUCUGGAAAUAAUAAUCCUUUGAAGAUGUUUACCAUGUGAAA